AUGAAUCGCUGGCAGCGGUCGGUGGUGGAAAUCCAAACCAGAAAGCGGCAGGUGAAUGAAUGCGAGCGGGCACAGGUCGCCCUGAGCAAAGUCACAGCCUGUUUCCAGCAAAUGUCUACCUCCUUGGGGAGCAACGUGGACGGGAGCUUCCUUAGAGAGGAGAUGGAGGAAACCAGGACAGUAGCUCAUAAAAUAUGCUCAGGGCUUCACCGGAGGCUGCUAUCACUGCUGAUGGAAAUAGACCAAGGACAAGAGGACAAAGAACAGGUUGAGCGACUCUGGGUCAUCUUCUUGUCCAGCUUGGAAAACUUCCAACAAGACCUAAAGAAGGUCAAAGUCCUGCAAGAGAUAUUCCCGCUUACCCAGCGCAAGGAUCGACAGGCCCUGGUCAACACAGGUUUAGCAGGCGGAACAUCAGAAGUAGCAGCUCGGGCAGCCAUGGUACAAACACCCUGGCUAUCGGUAGAGGAGACGGAAGGCACAGACCUGAAAACCCACAUAGAGGAGAUUGAUGUUUUACUUGAAGAAAUGCUCCAGAGAGUUAACGUGCCACUGUGGUCAGUUGAACCCACCCAAGAAGCUUGGGUUGAAGGCAGCUCUACUCAAGGUGUUGGGCAAGAAGAGGAUGAAAGCUUAGAGGAGAUGAUGGAAGUGGAGGUGGUGUCUCAAAAUAAAACAUCUGGCUGUUGCCAUCAUCACAACUGCAAAGUAGGCUGUCUGCUGUGUCUGCUCAGCUAG